AUCAAAUACGGUCGUUAUGUACGAAUACAUAUUUUUAACGAUAAAAAUAAUAUAUAGUAAGUAUGUAUAACGAAUGAUUGGAAAAUAGAAAUUAGACAAGUAAGAGCCAAGCACGGCGGUGUUAUAUGCGAAUAUAUAUUUUUAAUUAUACAUGUUUUUAUCACAAAAAGCUUUAACUCUUGUUUGCUUAUUCUAAUUUCCAAUGAUUCGUGUGAAUAUUCCAGCUGUGUUGAAACUCUGUCGAGACAACCGAGAGCGAGUGACUGAGUGGAGAGAUUUUCCACAGGAAGAACCUGCAACCGAAUUUUCGUCCGGUCCUCAGGCAACGGAGAACUCGGUCGAACCGACGGAAUUUCUCCGUGGCGGAAAAACCCCUCGCAAAAUCCCGUCCCGACACAUAAACUAUCGCGCACGUCCGGUGCAAAUGUUUAUUGCACGACGCGGUUUGUGUCACAUGACACGGUUAAUAACGUCACGCUCAGGAGUUUAAUCCUAAUCUCGACGAGCACACACAAUUCCGCGGACGGAGAUGUAUAAAUACGCGUAUCUUACAUAAACAGGAUAUUUGGCGAGAAUUAUUCGGCGUUGUAAAUUCAAGUAGCACACAGCGAGAUAAGAACUUAAUACAGUCGGCGUUCUUUUGUGGUGGCGUUUACGACGAGAGAGAAAGAGAGAGAGAGAGAGAAGCACGUGCGCGUAAAUGCUCCCUUGCAAAAAUAUAAUCAGUCAGGCGAGCGACGCGAAAACAAAUUUUUACAUAACCGUCUCGCCAGAAUUAGACGCACGAUUCUUUCUCCUUCUCUCUCUCUCUCUCUCUCUCUCUCCUCCCACUUCCCCUCCCCCGCUCCACCCCGCAGCUCUCGAGAGCUGAUUUCUCUACCUCGUUCUAAUUGGAGCGAGUCGCGACGAAAUUACAAAUUCUCGCCUCGCGAGAUCGCAUGUUUACGCCGGUUACGUUCGGUCGGUGCAAUUAGUUUUUCGCAAAACGUUUAUUUAUAACGUCGAGCGCCGUCAACUUGUCAUUUACAUUAAAACAAUGAGCUAAUGAACAUACAUCGGAAAACACACGUGUAACGAGAGAGAGACGAGGUGUGGAAUAUUAAUUCGCGGAUGGCCCCUUUGUUGAAAGCCAGAUAUUAUCGCGGCCGCUCGCUCGCGAAGUCUGUCGUUACAGUUUCUCGAUUACAUCGGGAGAUUGUCCGUCGUUCAGUAGCUCCAUGACACAGACGGAACUCCUGCAGGAAUUGGCGAACGAGUGCCGUUACGACAAGAUGGUCAGACCGCCAGGGGUGACGAACACCACCGACCCGAUCAAAAUCUACACCAGAGCGUUCAUUUACACGAUCAAGUCCAACAUGGCGAAAACUCUGCAAUUCGACGUGCACCUGAUGCUGCAGUUCCGAUAUCUGGACAAACGGCUGAAAUUCUCGGACAUAGCGCCUUAUUUGACUCAGAUAUACGGCGGACAGUCAGCCCACGACCUGAUCUGGACCCCGACUGUGUAUGUCGCGAACGAGCGCACCUCGGCCGUGAUGGGGAACGGUGUGAAAGACCUGCUCAUCUCCAUCGAUCCUCACGGCAUGGUCAUGUUGAACACAAGGCUGGAGGCCACCCUGAACUGCGGCCUUCGACUGGAGAAGUUUCCGUUCGACGUGCAGGAGUGCCCGCUGGUCUUCGAGAGCUGGACCCACAACGUGAACGAGAUGGUGCUGGACUGGGACGAGGAGGCGAUCGUUAUCGCGGACGACCUGUACCUGACGGAGUACAAGCUCGUGGACGCGUGGGUCAACAGCUCCGGGAUAUUCUACACCUCGUCGCAGUUCCAUUACGGACAUUUCGCCGGCAAUUUCAGCUCGAUAAAUAUUACGUUUAAACUGGCCCGUGAAAUGGGAUUCUUCAUGAUGGAUUAUUACGUUCCGUCCAUAUUAAUCGUGGUGCUCUCUUGGGUGUCCUUUUGGUUGCAUGUGGACGCGAGCGCGCCACGAAUAGUUUUGGGAACGAACACCAUCCUGACGUUCAUGACGCUCGCGUCGAAAGUGGAGAAUUCCCUGCCGAAGGUCUCCUACAUAAAGGCCAGCGAGAUUUGGUUCUUGGGCUGCACGAUAUUUUUAUUCGCGGCGAUGGUCGAGUUCGCCUUCGUCAACACCAUAUACAGGAGGAAAAAGAACGUGCCUCUGAAGAAGGUGAACAGCAAGUACAUCCUCAAGUCGACUCUGACGCCGCGUCUGGCGAGGAAACAGUUCCAGAAAAACACGAGCGGACUGGAACGGUCGCGGUCGUGGUCGUCGUUGGACAACGCGAACGGCAGCGACCAGGACUUCACGAGUCAGAAUUAUCUUACCGUGCACAGCUUCCCGAGCACCAUCAACAUCCCGUCGGUGAGAAUAGAGGAGGACAAGGAUCCGGACUGUUCGGUCGGCAGCAUCACGACCAUCGACAGCACCCCACCGUCCAAGCCCUUCCCGCGCAGGCCGACCCUCGCGAAGCUGCACAACUUCACGACGAUGACGCCGCAGGAGAUCGCUCAGUGGAUCGACAGGCGCAGUAGAAUAGUGUUCCCCGUAUCGUUCAUCAUAUUUAACGUUCUCUAUUGGUCAUUUAUAUGGAUAUAAAAACGCGUGUGCGCGUCGCGCCGAAACCUCUACGUCGAGAGCACGCGCGCUGUGUAGGGGGAGGACGAAGCGCUGGCGGAUAAUGAGAUGAUCGUACAAAGUAGGAUAGCGCGGAGUUGCACGCGACGUAGCCAUAUUAUUCAUCGGUGUCAUAAUUUAUACAGAAUCCUUCGUCGGGGGAGAUCGUCGGUGUUACGUUUACCGACGUCGACGCAGAUACGCGCCUCGCGCCGACGACGGGCUGAUGACGUCACCUUCUUUAAUCGGACUUCAAUCGCAUCGACCCACGAAUUCCAAGUAACGGGAGUAACUCGUAGUCCAAGUAUUCGACGACGACGAUGACGACUGCGUUUUCCCGCCGCCCUCGAUAACGUGUCCCCUACACAGCCGCAUGCGUGACGGGCGCAUGAGAUAUCGGGGCAGGAUCAAUCUUAAAGAGAUACGAUCGGCGGAGCGCGCGCGACUUUACGAGAGAACGGAUAUUCGAGAAACUACGUGGAGGACGGGCCGACGGCUGAAGGUCAUUUUCGGCCGCACGAAGGACUGGGGAGGCGGGCGACUCACGUGUGUCACGCAAUUUUCUCACAAUGGAAUUCCGCCCCUUCUUCCCACCCGCGGCUUGAACACACCCGUGCUGCAUUAUUGAUGUUAAUUAAUCGGCGAGUCUUACGCGCGAAUCCGAAAUAGCAGGCGUCUUUACACUCACCGGAUCGCUCUUUCCGAUUUCGCGACACGCUCGAACCCCCCCCCCCCCUCCCGCCGUCGAACAUCAAUGUCGAUACAUCGAAUGUUUAUCGAGGACGAGGCUCGCUGUUAUAUUAAUUCGCGUUACGUCAAUAAACUGAGCUCUGUCAUAUAAUUUAAUGCAGCGUCAUACACACAUACACACACACACAUACGCGUACACCAUCCACCGCGCAACGCUCGCGAGUCUUUAUCAGCGACACACGCUCAUUAUUAUUUCCGCUCGGGGAUUCUGCCGGUGCAAUCAAUAAUCCAUAGCGCGCUGGUAUUUGGAGGUCAGAAGUAACAAUCCUUUUUUCCACCGCAUAAUGCUCGUUUAAUGUUCCCCGUUCCAAAUAUCGAUCGGCGAUAUCUGACCGGUCUAGCGGUGCUGACCUCGUGCUUAACUGUGUCCAGCAUUGAUUACUUUCGCCGGUAGAAAAUGAUAGUGGGACGGAUAACCGCUUGCAGGAUAAGCGAGCACGGCUCCGUCCGUUGUUGUCCGUUUAACGAGUAAUCGCGCUCUUAAGAAGUUCUUUUCCGCAGGUGGCAUUUUCGCAACUGCCGUUUGGCGCGAUAAAUAAAAGAACAAACGAGGCGAUGUCGGUGUGCUCGAAAAGUCCGGUUCCAUCCUGUCCUCGCGGCGAUCCCAA